AUGUCGUGCGUGGAGGGAAAUGCGUGGGCUCAGAAGCUCGCAAAGGAGAGAGAGCAGUUGAGGUUGAGCGGGGAGAGUGAGAGUGCAGGUGGGCUGUCGGAGCUGAAGAUGGUGAAAACGGUCUCUCCAGAUCUAGGAAAACUGGACUAUGAUGCCGAACUGGCUCUCGCUAUGCCGAAGCCACGACAUAUUCAUCCCGAUGAGUUCAAAGACUCGUCGUCUGGUUCCACCAAAAGUACCAGUAUCUGGAGCAGAAGCAUCACGAAGAAACGGUCGUUUACGGACCCGGGUCGUCAAUCAGCCAUGGUGAAAAAGACCGAGAAGAAGUCGGCAUUCAAGACUCUCCGGUCCAAGCUCAGUCUGAAGGACCUCGCGAAGGAAUUCCGAAAAGAGAUCCCGCCCGCAAGCACCAUGCCGAAAAUCACCAUUGUCCGGGGCUCGCCCUCUAAGUCCUCGUCUGAUUCGUAUGGUCGAGGCAGUAAUUAUGAGGUCGAAAAGUUGUACACGCCCAGGCCUAAGGUGAUCGAGGUGCCAAUGUCCGCGCCGCCCACUCAGACAUCAAGCUUGAUUUGUCUGGACGAUAGCCUGAAGGACGCCCAGUCGCCUGCCUCUGUGUGCACGCCAUCGAGGGAAGGUAGUGGCGGGGAUGUCGGAAUAUUCAAGCACAAGCUGGUCCACAGUCAUGAUGCAGGUGAAGGACCGACUAACCAGCAUCUCGAGGCCGUUCUCCUAGAUGGAUCAUCACCCGCUGCCCGGACUGGUGAGUACACGAACAGUGGACAGCCAGAAAUCGUCACCAUGCAGCAACGCGCGUGCAGUAUGAAGGCAGAGCAGGGGUCUCCCACGCCUGGUGCACCGGGGCCGACCCCGGUCCGCGAAAAUGAGAUUGCGCGCUCGUAUUCGCCAUCUGUGUAUGAACCGGCCCUUUCGGAGAGGACGUCGGAUCUGCCACGUCGCGAACAAGAGCAUCCUGACGUUGGAGGCAUUCCGGCUGCGCCACCCCAAUACCCAGACAGCUGGAUUGAGGUGAGCUCUGACAAUCGUUUGUCGUUGGUCUCAACGGUCCAGCCCAGCCUCGAAGGAUGUUCCGGCGAGUAUGUCACCAUCCAGGUGCCCAUUGGCAGCGUCACCAGUCGUGGUGGAUAUGCUCCUGCUCCGCCAGACCCCGACUAUCGGAACACGGCGGCGCUGGGAGAACAGCUCGCGUCACACGUAGGGCAGCUCCAUUUCCACGUGCAGUGUGCGGCCCGGAGGCUCGUCAAGACCUUCGAGGACAAAAACAACUGGCACAUGGACCAAAUUUUCCACCACGUCGAUACGAUGGUCGACUUAGCCCGGCUCAUCAAUAACAAAGCAGCCACCCAGACUGAGCUCUUGAGAGAGGCCCAGCAGACGAUGAGGGAUGUCAGGAACCAGCUUGAUACGGUCCGUCGCGAAAUGCGCGUCAUCCAGUCAAAUAUCAGCGCCCAGGUCCGUGAGGAGUUUGAAAGGCUGAGGCAUGAUCUUCAGGAGCAGGGAUCGUUGGCCGUGUUACCAAGUGCAAGCUGUGUGAAUAGCCAGCCCGCCGCUUACCAGAGCGUGCCCCCGGCCAUCAAAGACAAGCACCAUCAAAGCACGGAAAACGGAGUCAAGCAUGUUGCUUGGAAGGACCAGACUCAGGACUCUUCCGGAAGCCCGACCGCAAAGGCAUCCACCUUCACCAACCUUCCUGCUCAGCUGGUACCUGGAAUUGGACCAGCAGCUAUGCCGACUCCGCCAACCCACAGCAAGGACAACAAACUCCCUCACAAGCGGAGCUUCUUUAACCUGCGCCGCCAGCGUGAUAGUGACAGUCACAAUGGCGACCAGACCCCGCGCACUCUCAGCCGCUCUCAGGAGAAUCGACCCCUUGAAGGCAAGCUCUCAACUGCACUCCCUGCGCAGACCAGCCCAACUCAGACCUCCACCAACGGCCAAGAAGACAUCGAUCCUAGCAUGGUUCACCCAGCUCUUCGCAACGCCCAGCAGCGACAGAUUAUCCUCGACCGCGAACUUGAACGCAUUCGUCUCGAGCAGCAGCAGCGUCGCCAGCAGCAAACCGGAUCCCGCACUGUGCUGGUCCAGUCCAGUGUGCUGAAGGCCUCGAAAUCCCAUCAGAUAAUUGGCGUUGCAAGCGAGUCCAAGACAACGCAGUGGCCCCUUCCCAAAGCCCACCAAAACGUGACCCCUUCUUCGUCUUAUGCUUCUCUUCGUGCCACUUCUCAGGGAUUCGAUAACCCGUAUCCGAAGUUCCGGCCCGCUCCUACAACUCCCACUGCUUCCAGUUCUUCCCAUAACAGUACUGUUGCUGCUGGUCCGCAAGGAUUGAAGCGCAUGGCGCCUCCUCGUCCGCCUCGUCCGUCUUCUCCCAUCUUUCCUAGGGAUGUUCAUCCUCGUGAUGCUUCUGGGAGUGAUCCGCAGCAGGGCAAUUUCUUUUGAACGUCGAAUGAAGUAGGCAGGCUGUCUGCCUUACUGCUUAUUUUCGAUAUGAGUUAAACGAUAUCACGACCUUAUGACAUGAUCACGAUGCAUGAUUUUUAUGACUUGCUUUCCUUGUUUCUUUUUCUGUAUCAAAUCCGUGGAGCGACGGAGUCGAUGAUUGAGCCGGGAGUUUUAAGGUGCUCGGGAUGGAAAACAAGGUGGGAUGAGAAAGGACUGGAUAAGAUACGAACCUGGAUAAGCAGUGUUUCGUGGUUGCGAAUGUUUUCUUUACCGGGAAUCGGAGGUCUAUGCAAGUAAAGGAGGAGUAAAUCU